AUGGUCAACUUCCUGAGGGUUGAACCACUGACUGACAAAAGGUGCUGGAACAGAACUAUUGCUUAUCCCAUGCUUAAUAAAGAUGACUCUGCUAUGCAGCGUGUCUUCCACCUAAUGAGGAAUUUGUCCUUGCGUCGCACCAAGACACAGCAGGUGAAUGGAAAACCCAUUUUAGACCUGCCAGCAAGGAAUGUUGUUUUGAAAAAGCUCACACUAAACAAGGAGCAGAGAGAAGCAUAUGAUCUAAUGGAGAAUGAGGGCAAGAUUUUGAUACGCCAAUUCAUUGAAGACAACACAGUUCGAGAUCAUCUGUUUGAAAUCUAUGUAGCUCAGCUGAGACUGCGCCAGUUUUGCUGCCAUCCUAAACUGGUAUACAAGGCUGUUGUGAAUAACCCAGUUCAUGUCACUGACUGUGACAACACAAGGAAUGAAAUAAAUGUUGGUAAUGGUUCAGUACUGACACAGGAGUCUGUAGUCUGUUCAGCCUGUUUUGCACAUCCAAAGAAUGCUGUGAUUGCUUCUAAUGGAGGAAUUUACUGCUGGACUUGCAUUCAGAGAAACCCAGGUCCGCAGCAAGCAGAUAUGGUGGCACCAGGACAGGACAUGACCGUCCUAGAAAUCAACAAUCUCAGGCAGCAGCUGGAUUCUGCCAACAAAUCAGAAGAAGACUGUACCAUAUGCACAAACCCAUUACAAACUGCAAUCAUCACAUCAAAAGGACACCUGUACUGCCGUGCCUGUUUUGAGAAAAAUCCAGCUAUUACACAAGCAUACGAGUCAAUCAGUGAAGCAGAAAGAAAACAACUCCUUGGGAAACUGUUGAUGUGGCUUUAUGAAGAAGAGGAGUACAGUGAGUGCCCUAUAUGCUAUACAAAGUCCAUGGAGAUUGGCUACCAGAAUGCUGUCAUCACUUUUUGUGGUCACCAGUUUUGCAGUACAUGUAUUGACCAGUUAUGUUUAAAAGAGGACCACCCGCCGUGUCCAAUUUGUCGUGGUCAGCUGGACAGGAAUAAGUUAAUCAAAAUUCCUCGCAAGCUAGCAGAAGGCACAAAUCUUGAUGAAUGGAGUUCCAGUGCUAAGAUAGAUGCCUUAAUGACAGCUCUCACAGACCUCAGUGAGAAGGAUCCUAGUAUUAAGUGUAUUGUGAUCUCACAGUUCACUUCUUUUUUGGAUUUGAUAGAGAAAGCUUUGAGUGAGAAGGGCCUUUUGUUUACCCGCCUUGAUGGCAGGAUGUCACAGAACAAACGUAUAGAGGCAAUGAAGAAAUUCUCAGAAGAAACUCAGGAGUCUCCUAAAGUGUUUCUGCUGUCUCUCAAGGCUGGUGGAGUUGGAAUUAAUUUGACAGCUGCUUCACGAGUCUUCCUCAUGGAACCUUACUGGAACCCAGCAGCUGAAGAGCAGUGUUUUGACCGAUGUCACAGACUUGGACAAACACGAGACGUGGAGAUUACAAAGUUUGUAAUAGAAAAUUCUGUGGAGGAAAAUAUGCUGAAGAUACAGGAAAGGAAAAGAGAGUUAAUGAAUGGAGCUUUCCCACAGAAGCAAACCAAAGAGCAACGUAGGAUUAACCACAUUAACGACCUGAUACAGCUUUUCCAGAUUGACUAA